UCCUGCCACUCGUUUUGUCCUUCUCGGACACCGUAGUUAGGGCUCCGACCGCUGCGCUGUAGUUGCUGGGAAACAAAAGGUUUGCCCUCCGCUGUAAACAAUAUAUUUCAUAACACCAGGUGUUGCUCUGUAAACACUGAAGCAUCAUGGGAAACACAAGUGACAGAAUGGCUGGAGAGCGCCAUGGAGCCAAGGCCCACCGCUCAGACAGCAGCGGCAGUCAGAAAGACCAUGAGCCCAGCAGCAAGAUGGUGGACAGCACAGAUGACCCCAACAUUUUCAACACCCACGGGCCAGAGUCCAAGACAGCAGGAGAGAAAGAAUUCACCCCAGAUCUGGAUGAUUUGGUGAAAACCAGUCGUCAGGCCCGGCCAACCGUUAUCCGCUGGGCUGGAGGGGGAAAAGAGGUCUACAUCGCUGGUUCCUUUAACAACUGGAGCACAAAGAUACCACUAAAUAAGAGCCAUAAUGACUUUGUAGCCAUCCUGGACCUGCCUGAAGGAGAGCACCAGUACAAGUUUUUUGUAGAUGGACAGUGGGUCCAUGAUCCCUCAGAGCCAGUCGUAACCAGCCAGCUCGGCACCAUCAACAACUUAAUCCAGGUGAAGAAGUCCGACUUCGAGGUGUUUGACGCGCUGCAUGUUGACUCUCUGGAGUGCUCCGACACAUCAGAUCUAUCCAGCUCUCCACCAGGUCCAUACGGGCAGGAGCAAUAUGUCUUCAGACCUGAGGCGCAUUUUAAAGCCCCACCAAUUCUCCCCCCUCACCUCCUUCAAGUUAUUCUCAACAAGGACACCAAUAUAUCAUGUGACCCUGCCCUGCUGCCUGAACCAAACCACGUCAUGUUGAACCAUCUUUACGCUCUCUCGAUAAAGGACGGGGUGAUGGUGCUGAGUGCCACUCACAGAUACAAAAAGAAAUACGUCACCUCUCUGCUCUACAAGCCGAUCUAAACCUCAUCUUCAGUGCUCCACAGUGCUUUCAGAGAGCAGCAUGUUUGUAUCCUGCUGUUUCCGAUUGUUGCAUCACGUUUCGCCUAAUCUAGCACUGAAACAAGUUUACACGCAGAUCUAAACGCUGGCGGCUGUGUUUUGAUUCUUUUAAAACAGUUACACAUUGGUCUGCAUGGGGCUCUGAACAAGAGAAGCCAAGUCUGUGUGUGUGCGUGCAUGUGCGUGGGGGUGGGUGACAGGGGGUGAUGAGAUCCACAAUGUGGCUUUAGACAUUUUGGAUGUUCUCCUAAAAUGAGGGCUUACCUGGUUUAACAUGUAUUAUUGUUUCCUUUAAAAGUGCUGUGCUCUUUUAACCUCUUUGGAUAACUAAUUCAGAUGAAAACAACUUAAUAAACACAAUAACUAAAUAUCCUGAUUUGGCCUAAGGUCAGGUCAGUGUGUUAAACGGAGCAUCAGACUGUUUUGAAAAACAAGGUGCAAUAAUCUGAACAGAUUUUCAAUACCUUCCUUCCCAGCGGCAAUUCUUAAAACUUGCACAUAAGCUGCAGUUAUUUUGUUUUGCCUGGCCCUGUGCAUUGGAGGAUUGCUAUCCUAAAAACAGGCUGGGCUCCUUAAAGUAUUAAGCUAACAUUUAGCAGCCUCUCCUGAGUUGUCUUGCUUAGGAGCACAUGCAGAACCCUGAUUAUUUUAUUUAUUGAAAAUGGUUAAGUUUGUGCUUUCCCCCCAGUUUUUGAGAUAUGUCCCUUUUAAUGAAUUCAAAGAACAUCCUUUAACGUUUGAUGGGAAAACACCAAUGUAUGGCUUUUUGUCAGAUUUAAGCCACAAUCAUCACUCCACAACAGCACAUGGUUUUUUGUUGUUUCUUGUUGGGGCUUCAUGAUUCACCUGAAAAAUUCUUCUUCACUGAUCUAAAGCAAUAGAUGGACACUGUUUUGGUGAAGAUGUUUUUGAUAGGCUAAUGAACCGUUGCUGAUACGCUGCAUUUACUGUAUUUUUAGGCUGCUUGGAGGAAUUAAAUUCUUGGGGAAUAAUUUUCUACAAAGGGAACUGAACAACACUCCACGUGGAUUUACAUAUAUCCUAUUUUCUCAGUGUCACAUUCUUAUGUUGAAUUUCUUACAGUUCAGCAGUGAUUCAUUGAAAUCCACAACAUUAACUAAUUACAAGUCCAAGGAUUCAGUUCUAUUAAUGUAAAGAUAGCUAUAGAUGAAGUAUUUAUGUUUGAACAUGGUUGAGGUCACUGUUCUUUCUGCUGUUGCCUUUAUCUCAAUGUGUGUGGAUAUACGCUUUGAACUAUGCAGCGGACACCUCUUGUACUGUAGCUUCUCUGGACUAUAAACCACAGUUUGUGCUUUUUAUUUAUUUUUUAGAUAUGAUGAUUUUUGCAGUGCUUUAUAAAUAUAUAAAUAUGUGUGUGUGAAGCUAUCUUUUAAAUAGGAAUGUACUGUAUGUUUCCGUUACAUGUGUAGUACACGCCACAGUGUGAACAUACUGCUUUGCAUGUAUUGAAAGUUAGCACAUGUGAGGAUAUGACGUAUUUAGUGAGUGUGGAACACGUUCAGUAAAAAAUCAGCUGCACAAAACUUGAAACGUGACCAGAGGCACAUUUCAAAUGGAUUUUACAGACUUUGGGAUUAUAGUUGCCAAGAAUUUGAGAGUUGUACAAAGUUUUGUCACGUGUGUUCUUUACACUGAAACCUGUAUUUUGAGGUUUAUUGGCUUUGAAAGUUAUGCUGUUUGAUAUGUCUGCAAUUCCAGUGUAGUAGAGUGUAUACACAUGGAAACCCAGAAAAGCUCAACUUGCAAUUAUUUUUUGCUUGUAACUCAAACCUACAAGCUCACAAGUGCAUUUUCUCUACAUAAACAAUAAUUAGCUCUAGUUUUGAGGUAAGGGCAUUAAAAUGAAUAAUUGCAAGCAUGGCUGUUCUCAGCUUCCAUAAAUAUCCAUGGUUAAAACAAUCUUCAGAAUUGUAAACCGGGCUUUCAAAAGUCUGAUUGAUGUUCAACAAAAUGCUCUGAAAGUAUUCUGUGAAUGUGUUUCUGUCCAAAGAGUUUUUAAUAUUUACAGAUAUGAAAAGGGAGCUUAGACAAACACCAGGCGGUGUUUAUUGGCUGAAACCAAAACUUGCAUUUUAUAUCUGUUUUUAUGAAUGUUUUAAAAAUGCUCUGCUGAACCUGUGUGGCGAUUUACUGUACAAGGUUUUACUUGUUUGCCAAUAAAGAGAGGACCUCUUCCUUCAACAGCAACA